AUGGAACACUCUUCUCCACUGGCUGCUAUGCAGCCACCUUCCCUCCCAUUCGGACACUGGGGUUGUCGAGGAGGAACAGAGACUUCCUACAACCAGCAUCGAGGGCAAUAUGGAGGGCAAAUGAAUUUUGGGCCGUCAAGCUUCAACUUCAAAGAUCUCAGCAUGGCAAAGGCACCUACGGACUACUUCAAUCUCAAGCCUGUACGAGGAUCGUCUCCAACAGCAAGUCUUGCUGCUGACCUGUCUCAAAACUUUCACAUCGACCAAAGUCCGCAAUUGCCAACUCCACGUCGAUCACUGUUCUCCUCGAACCUAUUUGGGACACUCAAUGGUCGAGAACGCGCGAGCACGCCGCCGCUCCCCUCCUCUUCGCCCGGCCCAGGGACUGACUCGAUGGAGAUAUCACCGCUGCCCCAUAAGGCCCCCUUCGUUGUCUCAACCCAUGUUGAGCCUACACCACUGACAUCCCCAACGGAGGAGGUGACAUCGUCUUUGCUUGAUGAUGUUAUGCAAGACUCCCCAACGGAAGCACCGAAACAGCCAGCACCUUCAGAGCGUAGAAGAUCCUCCUUGAUGAGACCUUCGUUGUCCCGCACUAAAGGCCUUACGACGACAUCUGUUUCCUUGAAGUCUGCUCGAACAGAAUGCCCGCCAUUCAGAUUUAGCAACGGUCCCUCCGUGCCUUCCUUGUCUUUGAUGUCCACCGAGGAGUGCUUUGCAUCUUCCACUCAAGGAGAUGCCCGACCACAUUCCGCACAUUCACCAGCACCCUUGCCGAUGGGGCCUCCAAGAUUCAAACAACCUUCGUCCGGUCUCGGUGGGCACCUACGAAGUAUUGGAUCACCUAUCGUUGGUCACGUCCGCAAAUCGUCGAACCCUCUGCAACGUCCCCGGAAGCAGUUUCGUCGCUCUCUCAGUAUGUUCGAACACCCAGGAGAUGUGAUGAAGCAAGAGAAGGCUGCUUUCUCAGCGACAUGCCUCGAUUCUAUAAUGGACAUUGAUGAUCCCCCAAGGUUACGACUGCCACACUUCAACUCGGACGAAGAGAGCCUACCUCGCAUCACCAAGGAUACCAUGGUCGACGUCCUCGAUGGCAAAUACGGCCAAUGUUAUGACCGGUCUAUCAUCAUUGAUUGUCGAUUCGAGUACGAGUAUGAAGGAGGCCACAUCGAGGGCGCCAUGAAUUUCAAUGAUAAAGAGCGAUUAGCGACGCAGCUUUUUGAAUCACCACCCCCGAACAACACGCUACUGAUAUUCCAUUGCGAGUACUCAGCCCAUCGCGCUCCUAUCAUGGCAAAAUUUCUACGUCACAAGGACCGGGCUUGCAAUGCCCACCAAUAUCCAAAGCUUACCUUUCCAGAAGUGUACAUUCUAGACGGGGGUUACAGUUCCUUCUACACGGAUCACAAACCCCGAUGCUAUCCCCAAAACUAUGUCGAGAUGGGUGCGCAGGAACACGCUAACGCCUGCGAACGUGGCCUCGGACGUAUCAAGCAACAACGUGCGAAACUGAGCAGAGCACAAACCUUUGCAUUUGGUCAGCAUGGACAGCAGGUAGACGACAGUCCUACCGCUUCCAAUCGGCAAUCUAGCUCUCUCAUGACAGGAAUGGACAUGGCAGCCGAUGCUGAGAUGAUUUCGCGGCGAAUGCAAUCAAGACGCAGGCAUGUCGCCCUCUCCUUGACUGCAAGCGCAUUGGCUGAUAAAAAGUUUGUCUAUAAGAUUGAGCUCGUGGAAGAGCAAACGGGAAACACAGACCCCAAAGCCAACUUUCGCCUCAUAAUCAUCCAGACCGAACUCGAGCGCUUCAAGUUCCUCGUCCGCUCAUUCCUGCGCGCUCGCAUUGCGAAAAUCGACGCUCAUGCCCUCCAUCACCUCACGGACCCCUCUACCAAAGCCCGCCUCUCCCCCAGCGAGCUCCAAUAUGCUACAGCUCAUACCUCCCUACUCCACGCUCACUAUCAUUCGUCUUUCCUCUCGCAGUUCCCUACAUCUCUGCAGAGAAUGGAUGAUACGGCAGGGGGGAUCAGUAUGGUAGAGGGACCGGAUGUGGAUAAAGCUGUGUUUGUGAGGGCGUUGAAGGAUGUGGAAGAGCCGGUGUAUGUGGAGGGGACGGAUACGGCAUUUGACAUGCGGAGGGGGGAUGUGGUCGUUGUGAGGUGGAGUGCUGUUAGGGAGGUUGUGAUGGCGGGGGAUGCGGAGUUGAUAUGA